AUGGAGAAGACCGAUCCAAGCAUCGCCGUCACCACCGGCGCCGAGGUCGACGAGACCGCACCCAAUGAUAUGAUCAACAAGUUGCGCCACUUGAAGGAUCAUCAUCACUGGGACCCCAACUUGCCUCAGGAUGUCGUCGAGGAGCUGGACGAGGCCCUGCACACCUCCGACAAGAGUGCGCAAGUUGGCAUUGCUCAUGAGCUGUUGGACAACUCCAUCUACCCCGAAGUGCGCGCUGCCGUCCCCAACAUCGACGAGGGAGGCCACAGCAACACCCUUCGUGCUUGGGUGAUCGGUUUGCUCUUUGCGACGAUUGGUUCCGCUCUGAACAUGCUGUUCUCCAUGCGCCAGCCUUACAUUGUCAUUCCCUCCUACAUCGCCCAGGUCGUCGCAUACCCCGUCGGUAAGGCUUGGGAGAAGUUCAUGCCAAACAAGAAGUUCAAGUUCUUUGGUCGCGAGGUCAGCCUGAACCCCGGAGUCUUCAGCAAGAAGGAGCACGCGCUAGUGGUCAUCAUGGCGAACGCCACUUUCGGUGGUGGCGCCGCCUAUGCUACGGAUGUUCUCUUGGCCCAGCGUGCCUUCUAUAAGCAGAAGUUUGGUUGGGCUUUCGAGAUCUUCAUGUGUAUCUCGACCCAGAUGCUGGGAUUCGGUCUGGCCGGUUUCUUCACCAAGUUCCUGGUCCAGCCCGCGGCCAUGAUCUGGCCUUCCACCCUUAUCAACACCGCCCUCUUCUCGGCUCUUCAUGACCGCACCAAGCCCGACCCCCGCAAGGUCAGCGGUUGGAAGAUUGGUCGGUAUCGUCUGUUCCUGUACACCAUGAUCGGCUCGUUCUGCUGGUACUGGUUCCCCGGAUACAUUGCUCCCUUCCUGAGUGUGUUCGCCUGGGUGACUUGGAUCAAGCCCCAGAAUGUCAUUGUCAACCAGCUCUUUGGUGGCUGGACCGGCCUGUCGUUGAUCCCGAUGACCUUUGAUUGGACUCAGAUCUCCGGUUUCAACUUCAGUCCCCUGAUUGCCCCUUGGUACGCUAUGGCCAACACCCUGAUUGGUAUGGUUCUCUGGUUCUGGAUCGUCACCCCUGCUAUUCACUACUCCGGCCUGUUCUACUUCAAGUACCUGCCUAUCAGUGACUCGGGCAGCUACGACAACACCGGAAACAGCUAUCAAGUCGCCAAAAUUUUGACCCCCGAGUUCACUUUUGACGCCGAGAAGUACAAGAAGUACUCCCCGCUCUUCUUGUCCACCACUUUCACCCUGAGCUAUGGUCUGUCCUUCGCUGGUAUCAUUGCCGUUAUCCUGCACACCAUUCUCUUCCACGGUCCCGAUCUCUGGGCUCGAUUCCGCGCCGUUAAUGGCACGGAAGAUGAGGACGUCCACAGCCGCCUCAUGUCCCGAUUCAAGACCGUUCCUGUCUGGUGGUACGGCGUCGUCACCUUGAUCAUGAUCGGUAUGGCGCUGGGUGUGACCCAGGGUUACCCUACCCAUCUGAGCUGGUGGGCGUUCUUCAUUUCCCUGAUCAUUGCGGUUCUCUGGUUUGUGCCUCUCGGAAUCGUCAAGGCCUCUACCAACAUCGAUAUCGGUCUCAACGUGUUGACUGAGUUUAUCAUCGGUUAUAUGCAGCCUGGCAGGCCCAUGGCUAUGAUGCUGUUCAAGACCUAUGGAUACAUGAGCAUGUACCAGGGAAUGUACUUCACUCAGGAUCUCAAGCUUGGUCAUUACAUGAAGAUUCCUCCUCGCGUUACCUUCUCCGCCCAGAUGGUCGCUGGUGUCUGGUCCUCACUGGUGCAGAUCGCCACAAUGAACUGGGCUCUGGGCGCCAUCAAGGACGUCUGCGACAAGAAGCAGCCCAACCACUACACCUGCCCCAACGGCCGUGUGUUCUUCAACGCCUCCGUCAUCUGGGGUGUGAUCGGUCCCGCCCGCAUCUUCUCCGUUGGCCAGCUCUACUCCCCCCUCAUGUUCUUCUGGAUCGCCGGUGCCGUCCUCCCGGUCGCCAUCUACUUCGGUGCCCGCGCCCUCCCCCGCUCCCCCAUCCGCUACCUCUCCGCGCCCCUGAUCUUCAGCGGAGCCGGUCUCAUUCCCCCCGCGACCCCGCUGAACUACCUCAGCUGGGGUAUCGUGGGUUUCGUCUUCAACAAGCUCAUCCGUGACCGCUUCCGCGGCUGGUGGAUGCAGUACAACUACAUUCUCUCAGCUGGUCUGGACGUCGGCCUCGCCCUGUGCACCAUCCUCAUCUUCCUCACCCUCAACCUCACCAGCACCGACUUCCCCUCAUGGUGGGGUACUGAUAUCGCCCAGAACACCAUGGAUGCGUCCGAUAGCGCCAUCCAGAUCGUUUUGCCCGAGGGCCAGACCUUCGGACCCAAGACGUGGUCGUAA